AUGAAAUUAAUUGGAAUCCCUAUUUUUUUAUCAGUCUUACUCCUCCUUUCUGCUUCUGCUUAUCUUGUUAUACAUAAGAAUAGUAGUAUACUGAUAAACUUAGAGUCUGGCUUUGAAUAUUCUAGCUGUUUGAAUAUCGAAAUUGUUUAAGUUGGACAUGCUUAUCCUACUUACGAUUUAUAUGCUUUAAAUAUUUGUGAAAAACCUAAAAGAUUUACUUUGGUCUAUAGUUUUGCAGGAAAUCCUCCUAAAACUUUCGUAUCAUAAUGCUUAGAGUAGAAUUAAAAAGAAGAUACUCCUCUCAUUUACUAGUUUUCUGUAGUAACUAAAUCUUCUUAAGAAGAUUGCUGA